AUGGACGGACAAGACGAAGGGGUGUUAGAUGUGGAUUUAUUAGCUGACGAUGGCUCUGAUGAAGAAUGCGAAGCCCAGCCGUCUUCAGACUUUUAUGCAGGGCCCGCGUCUACACCGACGUCAUGCGCGUCAUCUCCGCGGGGCGAGGAGCCUGCUUCUCCUCUCGCUGUGGUGUCGCAACCAACAUUUUUCCACCACCAAACAUAUACACGCCCGUUUUUCACAUCGGGAAGACGUGGACCGGGACGGCCGCGAAAGGAGGGCGCGAAAUUAGCCCGAGAAGGAAAGAUCGUCAGAAGAUAUAGAGGCAAUGCUGGAUCAGUAAGAGGAGCUAAAAGGCAUCGCACUAGCCGUGACGAGGCUCUUGAUGAUAUGAUGGAUGAAGAUGAUUUCACUAUGCCUGCACCCGAAGAACCCCCCUAUACACCUGAAAAAUGGCCAGGGAAAUUGUGUGCCUUAUGCAAUUUAAGUGAGCGUAGUCAACUCGGUCAAGGAGAAAUGAGGCAAAUAGUUUGUAAUAUAGAAAGUGAGGGUGGUACCACACCAGGGGUCUCAAACUCUGGCGGAGCAACACCGACCAGCAUAACGACACCUAGUACACCAACAUUUCCUCUACCACCCGGUCUUACUUCGCCCUCACCUGAAAUGUUAGAUUCAAAUCAAACACAACAAUCUCUGCCUUUGAGUAGACGUCAAAAAGCUUUUAAUAAGUGCAAAACUCCCCUGUACAACAUGGAACACACAGAUGAGUUAUCAAUUAUUGGAUGGACUGAAUCAUUAGAGCUUCCUGCUGUGGUGUCAUCGGGAAUGUUUUAUAUACAUCGCUGCUGUCUUGAAUUCAGCCCACCUUAUCAAGAUCAAGUUGCGAUCGCAUGUAAUAAUGAUGAUGACAAAGAACAGCUAGAAGAAGCGAGGAUAAGAGGAAUUGUGAUUGCUGCUUUGGGAAGAAAAUGUGCCUUUUGUCAAAGACAUGGUGCUAGUAUACCCUGCAAGAUGAGUUGCAGUAAAUAUUUUCACCUACCAUGUGUUCUUGCAUCUGGUGGUUUCAUGGAUUUUCAAACAAAAUCAUCAUUUUGUAAAGAUCAUUUACAUCAAGCACCAUUAAUAUGUACAGCGGACAUAGACUGUCGAACGUGUCGCACCAUCGGCGAUAUGGCGAAUCUGAUGACGUGCGUCACUUGUGGUGGACACUACCACGGAACAUGCGUCGGUCUCGCUCAACUACCUGGCGUGCGCGCCGGCUGGUCGUGUAGAUCGUGCCGCGUGUGUCAGGUGUGUCGCGGCGAGGCGGGCGGCGGCGCGGGCGGGGAGGCUCGGGCUGUGGCCUGUGAACACUGUGACAAGUUAUACCACGCGGCCUGCCUACGACCCGUCAUGGCCACUGUACCCAAGUACGGUUGGAAGUGUAAGUGCUGCCGCGUGUGUUCCGACUGUGGUGCUCGCUCGCCGGGCGCGGGACCUUCGUCGCGGUGGCACGCGCACUACACAGUGUGUGACUCUUGUUACCAACAGCGCAAUAAGGGCUCGUGUUGUCCCCUGUGUCGCCGGGCGUACCGCGCUGCCGCUUAUAGAGACAUGAUACGCUGUUCCGCCUGUCGGAGAUACGUACACGGGAUGUGCGAUCCUGAAGCAGACCCUCAAAACUACAGACAAAAGAAAGAACAGAAUUCAUCAUAUGAGUACACAUGCCCUAUAUGUAAAACUAAUCAGCAAAUGGCUGGCUCCAAAUCAGGCUCAUUUGAUGAAGAUACAAUGGCUUCAACAUCACAGGAUUCAUCAUUUGGUGAUGAAAAUACACAAGAGCAGGAUCCUCUUGCUAUUGAGUCUAAGCCUGAUGUUGGACUCGGUAAAGGAAAACCAUAUACUGUAUCAUCGGUAGUAGCUAAGAAAAAAAUAGGUGGAUACAAACUUAAGGGAGGCUGUCCUCCAGCAGGAAAAAUAGGUUUUCAAAAACGACAGAGAUCUGUUUUAGAUUUCGGAAGGAAAAGAGGGGCUAAACCAAAGAUGAGGGGUGUGUUUGGAGUCCCUGGCCUGGGCUUGCAAAGACCUCAGGCGCCCGACACCAAAACCUCUGAAGAUGAUCCAGGAGUGGAAAAUAAACUAGUUCUAUGUUCGAGUAAAGACAAGUUUGUGUUGACUCAAGAUCUAUGUGUUAUGUGCGGUGCUGUGGGUACAGACUCUGAAGGCUGUCUCAUAGCUUGUUCCCAGUGUGGACAGACAUAUCAUCCUUAUUGCGUUAAUAUUAAGGUGUCUCAAGUGAUAGUGAGUCUUGGCUGGCGAUGUCUUGACUGUACUGUGUGUGAGGGUUGCGGUUCCCGCGGGGAUGAGCCACUACUAGUGUUGUGUGAUGAUUGUGACACAGCCUGGCAUACAUACUGCGCGCGACCUGCACUGAGCGAGGUGCCGCGCGGCGCCUGGCGCUGUGGACGGUGUAGACGAUGCCUCGUGUGCGGCACUAGGGAUACACCGCUGUGGUGCGACAACUACACCGAGUGCGCUCCGUGUGCGUCCCUAGUGAUGUGCUGCGUGUGUUCGGAGCCGUAUUCGGACGGGGAGCUAAUAAUCCAGUGCACGGCCUGUUCGCGGUGGCUGCACGCGGCCUGCGACUCGAUUCGUUCCGAAGCGGACGCGGAGACGUGCUGCCGGGCGGGAUACAAGUGUACGUGGUGCCGCGGGAGGGAGGUGCCGCCGCCGCAUGCGCUGCCCGGUUCACGCGCGCACAGCCCUCGCCCCCGCCUCACAGCGCACGCGCUCGGCCUCGCCGGAGAAUACUACGUCGACGAUGUGUGUCUGUCGCAGAGAGGAGCGCACCACAUGAAGCAACUGGAGGCUGAGCUCGGCAUCACGCAUACGAGACGCAAACGACGCUUUAAGAACGACAACACUGAAAAAGAUGCCGAAAUAAUGGCAUCUAUUGAAACAGUGGUUCAGAACGUAGAAGGGGAGAUGGGAGACGACUCGAAGCCUGACAGCACCGCUGAAAUAAAGGAGGAACCUGGCUUAUCAUCGACCAAUCUCAAGGAAGGCAUUCUAUGGAAUGUUGCAAAUGAUGGACCAGUUCCCGAAGGCUUCACUAUUUACACAACCGACCUCGGACUAACGGUUCUUCGGCGGAAACGACAAAGAAAUCUUAACAAGCUCGGCAUAGGGGGCUUUGUUGUUCGACAGAGACAAACUACAAAAGCUCAGGCUGAUGAUGAGAAAGAUGGAGACGGGACACAGGGCUCUGGAGAGUCGCCCAGUAACAAGCGCAAGCCUCGUCGGAAGCCGCGGUCUAAGUUGAUGGAGCAAUUUCCCUCGUACAUGCAGGAAGCGUUUUUUGGAAAAGACUUGCUCGAACCCGUGAAACCUGCAAUGGGUUCAACAGGCUCGGGGGAUGGAGAAGGUCUGUUAGGAGAUCGAGAGAACUCUGACAGCGAGUCAGACGACGUGUUGUCAGCUCUACAUACAUUUAACGAACACGACACUACCGUGUUUAUAACACUCAACACAGAAGAAACGGAGCUGCUGCAGUCACUUAAACCUAAGGACGAAAAGGACGAUCCGUCCACAUUGAACAUUGAGCAAGUCAAGAUAAAGACUGAGUGUGAUGAAAGUCAACUUAAACAUACAGAGGACUCCACUGCUCUCAAGAACGCGAUACUCGGCCCUCAGCCCAGCCCCGACCAAGCCGACCACGCGCCGCACGCGCCGCACCCGCCCGCCAAUGAACAGAACACCGAGAGCGCCCCACAAUCAUCCGUAAUGUCCGCUAAGGAGGAGCUGUCUCUGCUGGGAGUGUCGCUAGAUACUCUGCCUGACAUGGACAGCAACGAUGUGGACGAGAUAUUCAAGGGAGUACUCACAGACGACUCACAGGAAUCUCAAGAGUCGUCAGUUUCCUAUGUGAAUUCCAUGGCCGGUACCCCGUAUUCUCAGCAGCGGCAGCAGUUACAGAGUCCCAUGGAUUACGCUUCACCUUACCAUACAGAAUUCGGUAGUAGCAGUUCUCUCAGUCCGUUGUACGAGUGUGGUUCAGGCGCCGGCUCGUGGCCCGACGCGCCCGCGCCACCGCCCUCUUAUAACCAACGCAGCGCCGAUAAAAUGCGUGCCGACGAAAGUUUAGGAUCAGCAGCGACUAUAUCAGCAGUGCUGUAUGCGAACACCAACCAUCCGGAAUGGAAGACCGAGUUCCCCAACUGGGUGGACCGCUGCAAGCAGAUACUGAAGAAAUGGCGGGCCCUGCCCUCCGAGCAGAAGGCGCCGUACUUACAGAAGGCGAGGGACAACCGCAGCGCAAUCCGCAUGAAGAAGGCGCAGCAGAGCUCCGGCGGCACUGACGACGGCGGGCGCUCCCCUGCUGGCCCGCCGCCCGCAGCCUCGCCCGCCCCGCCCCCGCAGCCCGCACCCCCGCAGGCCCCGGCCGUCCCCCCGCAGGCCCCGACCACCGGCGCCCCGGUGCGCGCCCCCAACGUGACGGUGACGGCGGGCGGGCUCCUGGAGGCGGACGCGCACAUCCGCGUGCUCACACCCUCCGAGAUCAUGCGCACGCUGCCGCGGCUCGCGCCCCCUCCCGCGACCCCCGCGCACCCCGCCACCCCCACACCGCACUCCGCCGACACGGAGCAGGAGAGGGCGUGCGGCCAGCAGAGGAGCGCCCGCGAGGCGGAGCAGGAGCGGCAGUGGAAACAGCUGCAGCAGAUGAGGCAGCAGCAGACACAGCAGCAGCAGCAGAUCAUACACGACCAGCGGAUACAAGCAGCGAUGCAGCGUCUCCGCACGGAGGGCAGCCCGCCGGGUGCGACGCCGCCCCCCACCCCGGCAGCACUGCCCGGCCCCGCCCCUCCCCCCCACGCUGCUCCUCACCGGUUCCCUCUGUACUCCACCAACGAGGACAUCAACCGCCAGCUGCGGGACCUGCUGCAGCGACAUCCUGAGAAGAUGUGGCCUGGACCUUCUGGCGAGGAGUCUCCAGCGGGUUGUGUGGAGGGCGGAGGCCCGUCCUUCCGUCCGCCGCUGCCGGUGCCUCUCCGACCGCGCGCUCCCUUACAUCACGCACAUAGACCAGAACAUAUGAUCAUUCAACAUCGCUUGGUGUUUUCGGACGGCGGUCAGAUGCAGCAGAACGUCCAGAACUCCUCGCUGCAGCAAAUCAUGGAGCAGAAACAAGUCACCCAAGGAAACAUGAGCAGUAACGACAAACAAGACAGCGGUCCAGAACAGGGAACCGACGAAAUGGAUAUUGGAGACAUGGACAAACUGGAACAAGACACCGGGAACAUUGGAGAGGUUGACAUCUUGACUGGUCUUGGAGCGGAGGACGACGAAGAACUGCUGGAGUCUCUGACGGCUGAGAUCGGCGAACAGUUCAACAUACUGGAGUACGCUGACCCCGAGCUGGCCGCGCUCAACGACGAGACGCUGCUGGACGGACUGGACCUGCCCGACGACGUGCAGCACCACAAGAGGGGCAACACUGAUGACGCUGAUCAAAAAGGAGACAACAAAAUGGACAGCGACUUGCAAACGGCAGUCAAAAAUGUAGAGCCGAAAUCUGAGAUGAAAAGUGAACCGGAAGUGAAAACUGAAUUGCAAGACGUCAAGCCGGAAGUGCCGGUUUCAUCGAGUAUGGGUCAAAUGUUCCCCGACGGAGUGCCAAGAGUGAUCACGCAGAAUCAACAAAUAGCUUUACACUCGGCCAUGCAAGCCAUGCAGGCCAUGCAGGCGGUGAAGGCCGAGGUGAAGGCUGAGGGAGAGGACAAGGACGGCGACUGGCCGCGACCUGUGUUCUCACACAUGUAUGGGCUGCAGCUACCUGCGCAGACACAGGUUCCCAAUGUCCGCGCCGGCCCGCCCGCAACCACUCAACAACGGCCGCAGGGACAGUUUGUUAAUCAACACGUGCAGUUCUCACAGGGCGGUGUGAGUGCGAGUACUCAAAGUAUCGUGAACGCUAUGACGGCUCAAGUACAAGCAGCCCUGGCCGCGGGGCGCGCCAUAGCCCCCGGGACUAGGCUAUUGGGGGCUGACGGGGCUGUGGGGGUCGUAAGACAUGAUCGAUCUGUGGCGCUCGCUGUACUACCACAUUCAGCCGCUCGUGGUAUGGUGAACGCCGCUCGUCCUCAUGCGCCACCGCCGCUGCGUCAGGACACGCCUGUUGCUGCAGGUGCCGCUCGCAGCGCUCCCCCGCCGCCCUAUCCCGGCCUGCGCGCUCCGCCGCCGCCACCCUACCCGCAGCUACAACAGGCGCCCUUUGACGCGGACGCGUGGGGCGACUGGCUGCACCGCCGCCCGCUGCUGCUGCAGAACGUAAACCAGGAGCAACCGUUGCUUCUGGAGGAGCUGUUGGAGCAGGAGAAGCGCGAGCAGGAGCGGGAGGGGGGCGACUGGGGAGCGGCGGGGCCCGGCCCGGCGCCCCCCGCGCCCCCCGCCGCCGCCGCCGCCCCCACUGUGCCACUGUUCGCUGGCUCCGCCCCACCACAACCUCCCACGCCUCCAGACCGAGCGCUCUCCGACGCCGAUCACCACGCUCGCCUCGUGUACGAGCAGUGGCUCAAGCAGUACAACACCUUCGCGGCCGACCAGCUGCGCUACUAUGAGCAGGAAGUGCAGAAGUUGCGCAAGAUUCGCAAGUCGCUGAAUAGUAAGCAGCGCCAAUUAAGAAAAUCCGGAAAUGAGUUAAUGCCUAACGAUGCUGCUGAACUCCAACGGGUUUCGACAGAGCAGCAGGCGCUUCAGAAACAUUUAGAAGCUGCUAGAAAACAAGCUAGACAGCAUAGUAUGCUAAUACAGGAGUACGAAACAAAACAACGUCAAACAAAUCCACAGCUAGCCCAACAGACCAUUAUAAACCAAUCACAAAUCGGAAGUCAAACAGUCUUUGCCCAAAAUCAAAACAUAACACAAAAUCAACAAAUGCAACAACAGACAAUCAAUCGUACUAUGCAAAUAGGUCUUCAAGGUUCUCAAAUACAACAGCAAACGUUGAUACGAACACAGCAAACGGUUCUCGGCUCUGACGGACAACCGAUGUCGCAGCAAAGAAUCGGCCUCGUCACCUCGCCUAUGAAUACACAAGGGAGGAUCCUACAAGGUGGUCGGACGCUUGUGAUCGAGCAGGCGGGGGCGCCGCAGCAGCAACUAGUCCGGCAGCUGUCCGGUGUACAGGAUAGGCCGCAGUCGGUGGGAGGCAUCGUCCAAUUCAGCCAGCAGCAGCUCGGUGGCGUGCGAGGUCCUGCUGGUGGGCCCGCCCCCAGAACACCAGCCCGUCCAGCGAUGUCGCCCCUUCACGUACAGUCACCUCACUCGCAGUCUCCUCACCACUCGCUCGCGCCGCAAUCCCCCCUGCAUCCCAUGCAGUCGCCGAUGCAGUCUCCACUGCACUCUCAACAGUCGCCGCUUCACCACACGUCACAGUCGCCCUUGCAUCCUUCGACCCAAUCGCCUCUCCACUCGCAGCAGUCGCCGAUGCAUGUGCAGCAGAAUUCUAAUAUGACUCAGCAGAGUCCGAUGCAUCCACAACAGAGUCCGAUGCUCCCACAGCAAAGCCCGAUGCAUCCUCAACAAAGCCCUAUGCACCCUCAGCAAUCUCCGAUACACCAACAGUCACCCAUGCAUUCUCAGAAUCAAAUGACUACGCAACAUUCUCCGAUGCAUCCUCAGCAAAGCCCUAUUCAUCCCCAACAAAGUCCUAUGCACCCGCAGCAGAGUCCCAUGCAUCCGCAGCAGAGUCCGAUGCACUCACAACAGAGUCCAAUGCAUCCACAACAAACUUCGAUGCAUCCUCAGCAGAGUCCAAUGCAUUCCCAACAAUCACCGAUGCAUAUGCAACAGUCACCAAUGCACACACAACAGUCGCCGAUGCAAUCCUCGAUGUCUCCCCAGCAUUUCUUGCAGCAACUGCAAGCUCAAAGGACGAGUCCUCAAUUGCCAACUCCUAGUCGUAGUCCACAGAUUUAUCAACAAUCGCAAAUUCAAAGUCCAGUUGCUUCUCACUCUCCCCAAAUGCAAAACGCUGACUACACGUCGGGCAGAUUUCCCCGCCCAACAUCGGGUUGCUCUCCACUACCGACCCGUUUUGCAAGACCACCUCAUCACCAGCAAGGUAUGAGAGUAGGAGUGCCUUUUGUUAAUCGUCAACAAACAUCACCACUAGGAAGUCCGCAACCUCUUCCAUCACCAGGAAAUAAUGCCAAUGAAAUGACGCGUCAACAACUGCUUCAGCGUCAGCAGUACAGCCCUAUGGGAGGAGCGCCAUCAUCUCCAUCGUUAUCUCGUUCGCCGCACGUGGCACGCACGCCCACACCGUCUGCGUCACCAGCCGCGUCUCCUGCGCCUCAUCACGACCACGGCGGCGGACACCACCACCAUGUAGCUCCAAUUCCCCCCGGUUAUAGAUACUUUAAGCCCGGCCUGUUUGGCGGAGCACCCGUCUGGCCUAACAAGGACGACGAUAGGCGACGCGCGACCCAUAUAAACAAAGUAUCCAUUCUUAAACGCCGAACACCACCCAGACCAAGAUUCGCGGGUAAGACGGCGCCUUGUGGCGACCGCUCGGAGGAUGCCGGAGACACGACGGACACCAGGCAAUACGUUCUCUAUGCAUCUACUACUUCGGACGACGCAGCAGGCAUGACUUUUUCUAAAGACGAUGAUGAUGACGAUUUUCAAGAAUUUGUCGAGAAUUUGGAUGAUGAUGACAUUGUUGUAGUCGAGCCCGGUGCUAUCUCUCCAGAGGAACGAAUAGCCACAGAAGAAGAUUUCGAAGAACUUAUCGACAGCGGGAAACCGGAGGACGAGGUGGAGGAAGAAGUUUCUCAAGAGAAGCCUAUUACUAGGACAGAAACAACGACUAAGACUGUUGCAGUAAUAAGUCUAGCACCAGCAAAGCAGCCGUCAUCUAAUAUGCAACAAUAUAAAUUACUAAAUCCCUCUCAAAGCUCUGCAUUAACGCGCCUACCGGUAUUAAGUGCUACAGUGAUUUCACCACACUCUAACGCAAAAAUUUUAAAUGAGGUCUCUCAAGCUACGGUUGCGUCCGUUUCUAUCGCUAAUCACACUAUAUCCGUUCCAGUAUUAAAAAGUCUUUCUGUCCCAAUCGCUAAUGUCACCGGUCAUGCUAGCGGGAUGGCAAAAUCACAAAUCAAAAAAGUUCCCUUGAAUAUAAGUAAUUCACCAAUGACAGUAAAUAUGUCAUCCUCUCUAUCAAAGCCAAUAAGCUCGGUUAUAAGUGUAAUAUCUUCAAAUGUAAAAAAUGCAACGGUUAACCCGGUUAUAACGUUGGCUACAUCUAACACAGUUGCUGGUGCCACGAGAGUUCCAGUACCUUUACUGACGCAACAUCAAGUUAAACAAAAAAUAGUAAAAACUAUAGAGAAACCAAUGGCUUUAUCAUUGUCUAACACAAAAUUGUCAAGUCUUUCGGUGACUCACGACGCAACAUUACCAGCCAAAAUUUUCCAAGAUGAUGUCGCUUCACCUGAUAGUACUGUAUCUACGGAAAGUAAUUUAGAAAUGCAAAACCCUACUUCAUCACGACAUAUAAUGUCGAUUUCGUCACAAGAUCACGCACAGACAGAGCAAAAGUCUAACAUUUUAAAGGAGUCAAAUAAAGACAUCGAUAUAGAGUCUGAAAUAAGUAAACAAACUGAACUUCCACAUACUAUUUGUCUCUCCGACAGAACCCCACUUCUCCUUGGCAAAGCAGAUAUUAAAAGUCCCGACCCCAUACCCGAAAAAAUACCUGAUAAUAUAAUGGAAGGUGACGAUGAAGAUAAGCCUGAAGAUAACCUCCAAAGUCACCUUCUACUAUCAUAUAAUAAGACAAUACAAGAUCAAAGUAUUCUAAAUCCGCCUGCUACUGAUAAAAAACCUGAAGAAAAUGUGGUAAAAACAAUUAAAGCCAUUGCUAAUCAAACCAAAGAAAUGGUCAUAGACUCUAACAUGCAAAUUACCUCUGAUUUAACACAAGAUUCAGUUCAGAUUUCGAUACCAUCUCCGACGCCGUCGCAAGAACGAUAUUUGAACGACAUUACUAUGCGUGAACAUUCGGAAACGGUUGAAGGUAACCAAAAACAUGUCGAAUCUUUUGAAGAAAUGCUCUGUUUGAUAGAAAAUAUAACAGAUGAAGCAAAAAAAUUCGCGAUGAAACAAUCUAACCCUAAAACCAGCUCAGCGCCUACUCCGAGUAAUGUUCCGCAGGCUAAGAAUCGUAAUGUUGUGUCAAAACAAGAAGUUAAAGAACAAGAACAAUCCUCUUUUCCACCAAGGGAAGUUGAAAGGCUCAAUCUUCAGUCGGCUACAGUACCACAACUGUCUCCUUUAUCUCAACCAGCCGAAUUAACGUCUAACAUGGCCAAUGUAUCACAACAGCUGCGAACUAUUAUGUCUUCGCUCAACACUAACACUUCCAAAGCUGAAACACAGACAGUUAUGAGGAAAUCUAGUGAACCUACUACUCCAACGCAAGUCAAUUUUGAAAAUUUGCUUCCUUCAUCUAAAGUUGAAGUAACUACUUCAAGACCAUCCCCGAUACAGAGAAUGGAAAAACCUCAAACUUCUACUUCUUGUUCUGAGCCAGUACCAAUGAGUGCUGCACAAGUAAUAGGAUCAAGGGUCAAUGCGUUGUCUUCUGUUGGACAAGCUCGAAAAUCUCCAACAGUUUCACCUAUUAGUUCACCAGUUGGCAUUUCGAAUCAAAAUCUUAUGAAGUCUCCAGCACAAUCUCCUCUAAUAAAUAAUCAAUCGUAUACUGUAAAUGAUGAACCGCAAACGACAUCCAUGUCCACGCAAAUAUUACAAAUGCCAGCUCUAUCUAAAAUACAUAGUAGUUCAUCAGUACCUACUUCACUUAUGCACGGAAACAAUAUUAUUACAACUAGUGUAAGCAAUUUUCAAAAGUCACAAACGUUACCUUCGAGUAUUCUAGGCCAUACUUUAUUACAGCCGACGAGACAAAUAAAUACAAGUAGUUUACAGUUCAAUCCACAAAGUAUAAGUUCUAGUCAACCGCCUGCCUUAGUCAUGACUUCGAGGACAAUAAUUGGUAACAAAGAACCAGCACCCAAUGUCACUGUACGUACACAUAGUAUCGUCAGUCCGGGAAUGAAUCAAAUGCAAACUAAAGUUUCACAGGGCAGUAUUAACUUUAUAACAUCUUCGAAACUGUUACACACACAACUGACGUCACCAUUAAAACGAUCAAAAUCGACAGAUGAACCAAAGACUGAAGUGAUCGUCGGUCACAUUCAACCUACAAAACGACACAGUGUUGAAUCGGUGACGGUUAAAUCUGAACCAAUGGAAACUGAAGAGUCCAGUAAUGUGCCAACGACCACGCCUGAAAGUUCUGUUAAUAAAAUAAUACAGCAAAACGUAGUUAAUCAAAGAAACGAUGAGUCCCAGAAUGUGUUACUGAAACAAUUACUACAAACUACUACUACUUCGUCAAGUGUAGUUCCUCAAAGAACAAUGACAAUCCAAAGAACGGCGCCGGCGCUAGGUACUAUUCCUUCGUUAGAAGCACAACUAGCUAGACCAUCGAUACCACCCCCCACGCUUUCCCUCUCACAAGAGGUCGAUAUACCUAAAAACUCACCUCGACACAUAACAUCUGUGAGUUCCCAUUUCGCAAGUCGUUCGAUGCAGUCAACUAUGUCUACAUCUACAUUAUCUCCUCUCAUACAGACGUCAACACAAUCUUUAAUGGACGUAAGAAAGCAACCGAUGAAAAUAAUGAAUAAGGAGGAAACCACGCCACUGCCAGAGUGCUCUCCAACAAUGAAAACUCUACCAAUGUAUCCGAUGAGUAUAGAUAACCAACACCAACCUAUAAAGAAGGAAGUCGCCCCACCGCAACAAAGUCCCGUACAUCGUCCAUUUACUCCCUUAGAUGUAAAGAAAGAAUUGCUAGAUGAAAGCUCCCAGCAAUCAGCGACCUCUGGUGUAUCAACAGCUUCAGAUCAAGGAAAACUAGAACAACCGAUGAAAGAAGAAUAUCCUGAAAGCAUUAGUAUGGAACACUCAUCAGAUAUAAACCCGUCGGAAACGCCUUCUGAGGCUAAGAAACGUAAGCGUCGAGAAUACCAACAAAAGAAACGUAAACAAAUGCAAUUGAACAUGAAAGCUGCUGCUGAGAAUAACAUGAGCUCUAUCAAUGCUAAAAAGAGACCUCGUAAGGGUUCAAGGUAUGAAGAGGACUAUGAUACGUUUAUAGAUAAUUUAAUGGCGCAAUUGAGACUACUACCGCCUAUGCAAAUUCAAGAACCCUCACUCACUACUAAUUUUGCUGUUUGUCCAUUAUUUGGUUCUGGUGAUUUAACUAAACUCAAAAAUCAGGACUAUGAUAUUCUAAAGGGUGACUUAUUAGGGGAGUUCGGUAAUGCUAAAAUCCCUAAUGUAGCUGAUUAUUACAAUACUAAACCAUUUGGCGAUGAAGAACCCUUACCAGAGAAAUCUACCGCUUCUACUCAAAGAGGAUUUUAUGACCAAGAAUUUCAACCCAUUGUAUUUGAUGAAGAUCCAGAGGAUAAGAAACUUGAUUUUAUUUGUAAAGAAAGAGAUACGGAAACACCUGAUACUAUUGUUAGUUGUUCAAGUCCUGAAGGUUAUGAAAUUGAGCUUGACGAUAGUUUUCCCUUCCUUAAACCUAUCGAUGAUGAUGAUGAAGAUGAAGACGAAGAAGCAUCUCCAUCCGGAAAAGUUUCCCCCAUCAUACCUCUCAUAGCUCCCAUUCCAAUUAGAGUUAAACCUUGUUCACUGUAUCAGUUGAAAGACGAAGAAGAUAAUCAGAAAUCACUCAAGUGUUUGGAUUCAGAUGCUCCUCUCAAGACGAAAGGCGACGACUCUCCUAGUAGUUCUGAGAGUAAUGAAAACGUUACAGUAACUCUCACUCUUACAUCUGGCGCUGCCGAAGAUAUAUUAGGUGUAUUGAAAGAACUGGCCGGAAUAUUGCAUAUCCCUCCACCUACAUCGUAUCAAAUCAUCGAACGCACGGCUACCCCACCAUCACACAAGCUGGGUCUAUAUAGAUCUAAAGGCAAAGAUGGCAAAGAAGGAACGCCUAUUGAUAUACAAAGUAUAUUAAACGGAGCUGCCAAAUUCUGUCGCCAUUGUGACGUUGUUAUCUUAGAUUCAGUGGUGAGAGCGAAGGCAUCAGAGUUUCCUCUAUUAGCAGCAAACAAAGGAAAUGCUGAAGAAAUUCUGUGUGAUAGUGAUUCAGAGCUAUACUUCUGUAGUACACAGUGUUAUGAACGGUUUGCCUGGCGACCAACUAAUAUUAUAUUGGACGGCAAAACUAAAAUUGCAAAUGUUAAAGAAGAUAAUAAAUCAGAUGUCGAAACUAAUCUUUCCAAAGACAGAGACGAUUUCGACACAGCAUCCACUGAGAGCAUGGAAACUGACGACUUGGAUAUUAAACCAGACAUCAAAGACGAAAAAAUGGAUUUGUCUUUCAUAGACUCCUUAGAUAACGACGAAUUGAUGAAAGAGGUCGGUGAUGACGUCAGCGCUCUGAAUGAAGACUUGAAGAGUAUCGAACAGGACGAUAAGAGUAAUCAAAGCGUCGAGACGGAGAAGUUCAAAGGGAUUCGGUACAAGACAUGGUCACCAGGCUGCAUCGGACCACCCAUCAAAUAUAAACGACCUACGGAUCGUGAGCUCACCGAGCUAGUGUUCAGGACGGGAGUGGCCAUUAUGCCCGUCACCAAUGAAGACACUCGGAAAUGUGAACUAUGUGGGAUACAAGGAGACGGAGUGGCGGACGGGGUGUCGAGGCUGCUCAACUGUGACGUCGACAGAUGGGUUCACUUGAACUGUGCUCUGUGGUCGGAGGGCGUGUAUGAGACAGUCAGUGGAGCCUUAAUGAACGUGGACACGGCUCUGGUGGCCGGGUCGAACGCUACGUGUGCGGUGUGCCGCCGUCUAGGAGCUACCGUGCGCUGCUUUAAAGUCCGCUGCGGAAGUGUCUACCACUUGGGGUGUGCUGUCAAAGAUAAUUGUGUCUUCUACAAGAAUAAAACCGCCUUCUGCGCAUCUCACGCCCCUAAGAACGAAAAAGACAAUGAACUAACGACUCUGAGUGUGGGUCGGCGGGUGUACGUGUGUCGUGACGAGCAGCGCCAGGUGGCGUCCGUGAUGCUUCACUCCGACACCAACCACCUCAUCCGUGUGGGAGGACUCAUCUUCCUCAGUCCUGGACAUCUCCUCUCACAUCAACUCGCAGCCUUCCAUACGCCAAAUUACAUCUACCCCAUCGGCUACAAAAUCGUUCGUUUCUACUGGUCGAUGCGUCGCGCGAACAGUCGCUGUCGCUACGUGUGUUGGAUCUCCGAGGACGACGGCCGGCCGAGGUUCCACGUGCGGGUACAAGACGAGUCCAGACACGAGAUGAGCGCGCCCACACCGCGCGCCGCCUGGGCUGCCGUUUUGGAUGCCGUCGCCGCUCUAAGAGACGGACGGAAGGAAGCGGGCGAGGAGGGCGUCUUGAAACUGUGGCCCAACUACGUGACCGGGGAAGAUCUAUUCGGACUCACGGAACCCGCGGUCGUUAGGGUACUAGAAAGUUUGCCAGGUAUCGAAACGUUGACGGACUACCGGUUCAAGUUCGGUCGCUCGGCGCUGUUGGAGGGCGGGCUGGCCGUCAACCCGUCGGGGUGUGCACGUGGGGAGCCGCGCUGUGCCCGCUCGUGGAGACGCGCGACCCGCUCCCUACUGCCCGCGCCGCCCGUACCCACGCCGCAACCCACCUCGCUCACUCCACACGACCCCGCACACCAGACGCACCCCGCCUGCCCCUACUCUAAACAGUUCGUGCACACCAAGAGCAGCCAGUACAAGAAGAUGAAGCUCGAGUGGAGGAACAACGUCUACCUGGCCAGAUCCAAGAUACAAGGCCUAGGUCUCUACGCAGCCAGAGAUCUCGAGAAACACACGAUGGUGAUAGAGUACAUAGGAGAGAUCAUACGGUCAGAACUCUCCGAGAUCCGGGAGAAGAAAUACGAGGCUAAGAACCGCGGUAUCUACAUGUUCCGGCUGGACGAGCGGCGCGUGGUGGACGCGACCCUGUGCGGUGGACUGGCGCGGUACAUCAACCACUCGUGUCAACCCAACUGUGUGGCAGAGACAGUGGAGGUGGACCGACAUCUGAGAAUCAUCAUCUUCGCUAAGAGACGCAUCGCGCGCGGGGAGGAGCUGGCAUAUGACUACAAGUUCGACAUCGAGGACGACGCUCACAAGAUCAUGUGCAUGUGCGGCGCGCCCAACUGUCGCAAGUGGAUGAACUGA